AUUUGCCUUUGCACCCCAUUCAGGAAUUUUUCUUCGCAAAAUAUUGUAAAUAGGGUGCAAAGUCUAAAAGUUUUGAAAAUGAGGUGCAAAGUCCAAUAUCAAUUAAAAAGUGGGGUGCAAACUCAAAAUUCCCCAUAAAAAAAUCAACCAUAAUCCAUAUACAAUGCACCCUUUAAUACUCUCAUACUCUCUAUCUUGAUUUAAGCUUCUCAAUGGCAUGAUUAUUUAAAUAAUAAUUAAAUGAUCCUUCUUCGCGAACAUGAAGUACUUGGUCCACCUCUUUUUUGAAGGUGAGGAAAAUUUAUCCUCUUAGCUUCCUUGUAAACUCUACUUUCUUCCUACUUUCUUCCUAUUUAUAGGACAUUUGUUUACGAAGUCACACACAAUUCUCCCUACAACACAUUAUCUCUUCUCUCCCCCAUCAUCGUUCCUCUGUUCCGCCUUUGGUAGCACUAACAGCUGCAGGUUAGAAACUAGAUCUGUAGGAAAAAUGGAUGGCCAUCAUCUGAUGUGUCGUUCAUGGCUUCAUCCGCAAGAAGUUCCUAUUAGCGUUUUCCCGUUCUGUUCUUCUGUCUACCACUCUGACAUACUCGUUGAGAAUGGACCAUAGUCGGGCGUUGGGUAGUCUCCUAGGCAUUGCAGCUCGCCUCCUCAGCCAACUGCCAUCUCAAUCGGGUGACCUGCCGGCUGCCGCAAGUACUUUGUGUAGCCAGACCGUUCAGCCACCGAUUAAGGUUCAUCCGGUUACCCCCUCCGAUUUGAGGCAAAGUGACGAUAAACGCUGCAGCAGAGGAGAAAUGGCUGAUGGGAAAUGCGAGCAGACCGAGAUCUGAACAAGCAUUGGACCAUCCUUCAAGCGCUGCAACAUCGCCUCCUCCAUAUAUACAUACAUCUCUUAUCAUUUCUUCAAUUCUUGCAUGAUAUCUUGAUUAUUUGUUUAUAUUCAUAUUUACUAUAGUGGUAUUGGUCCACCUCACUACUGGGCCAUCCCUGAGCUGCCUUUGGUCCACCUCAUUUAAGGAGUUGGUCUCCUAUUUAAUGCCCUGGCCCAAUUGGGCUGUCUACCCGACCAAGCCCAUUCCUACCCUGUUUGUCUUAUACCCAGCCCAUCCCGUGUGGCCCUCUCUUAUAUUGUCUUGGUGUUCUGGAAUCCUCCUAUUUCAGCCUCUCCACCUUCUCUCUAAACGAUGACUCUUCGGUUCAGUUACCCUAGACCUAGAGUGAGAGAGUGCCGGUUUCCUCUGAGCUUUAGCUCCGGCUUUGCUCCGGUGAAACCUUGGGGUUCCUAUUGGGGUCUUCACUCUAGUCUGGUAGUGUGGUGGGUUAUCUUUCCUCCGGUAGGUUUUCUGGGCUGGGGUCUGGGUUCUGAGUGUGAGGGUUAGCUGGCUGCCGCCCUUUCGUCUUCCCUGGUUGUACCCCUGGUGGUGAGUGUGAGCAAGCCUUUGGGCUUUGUGGUGAUUGAGGUCUGAGCCGGUCCGGUUUUCUAACAGUGGUAUCAGAGCCUGGACGUUGCUGCCUCUCUCGGACACCGGAAGCUCACCGGAGAACUCCCACACCGGUAACGUCUGGAGACUCCAUCGGAGAAGGUAAGUCGGGUUGUCUCUCCGUGACACCCGCUCAGGUAUAAACUUAAACUCUAAUCCUUGGGCUGCCGGAGUGCCACCGGCUUCUGUGAUGCAUGGGUGUUCUGAAACCCUAGGUUGAGGAACUACCGAUUAGAAACCCUAGUUUCUUAACCAUUGCAUGUGUAGUUUUUUGUUUAGACAAAAUCUGCAGAAACCCUAGGUUGGUGAUAUAGUGCAUGAGUGGUCCAAUCUGUGUCGAACUUGGCCACUGAUAUAUGUGAACUUGUCUGUGUUAAAUUUAUCCUCUGUGUGAUAACCUCUGAACCUGCCUCUGUAUUGCUGUAGUGUGCCCUAUUUUCUGCUGUAUUAUUUUUGUAUUAUUUCUCUGCUCAGUCAGUCUAUCAACUUUUCUUCCGCUUCUUUGUGUUGAGUUCUGGUAAUUGUGUGGCUUCCUAACCCCUGGUUGGCUAGGGAACCUGAGGUUAGUGCUAAGUGAUUCCCUGCCAGCCACUUCAGUGGCCCCGGAACUACGUGGUCACUUAGUCCGUAACCCAAACCACCAGGGUUAAGCCUUUAUAUUACCUGUAUCUCUGUAGUUGUGUUGUGACUGUUAUCAUGGCUUCAAACCAGUAUGGUAUGAUGCCUUUUAAUGGUAAGACUGACUUUGACAUUUGGAAACAGAAGAUAAAAUGUGUGUUAAUACAACAGAAAGUUCAUAGAGCUAUUACUGGGCAAUACUUAGAAACUGAGGAAAAACCCAAACAAGUUGAAAUGAAUGAAAUAGCCUGCUCAACCAUAUAUUUAAACUUGUCUGACUCUGUCCUUAGAAAGGUUGGAGUCAUUGAGUCUGCUAAAGACCUCUGGGAUAAACUUGAGUCUCUAUAUACUGAUACUUCCCUUCCUGGCAAAUUGUUUUUGUUGGAAAAGUUUUUUAGGUUUAGACUUGACCUAACAAAAGAUAUUGAUGAAAACCUAGACGUUUUUAACAAACUAAUCCAAAACAUUAAGCAGGCUGGGGAUAAACAUAUAGAUGACUACACUGCCAUAGUCUUAUUGAAUGCUAUACCUGAUUCCUAUAAUGAUGUUAAGUCUGCCAUUAAAUAUGGGAGGGAUGACAUAACCCUUGAUAUUGUUAUUAAUGGCCUGAGAAGUAAAGAACUUGACUUAAAACAUUCUAGGAACCAUCAUAAGGAAUCUGGGGAAGCUUUGUUUGUUAGGGGAAGGUCUAAAAGCAGGUCUAAAAACCCUAAAAAGGACAAUCAGGAUAAGAAUGGUAGACAACCUAGCAAGAAAAGGCAUAAGUCUAGGAAAAGGGUGUGCUAUAACUGUGGGAACCCAGAUCAUUUCAUAAAAGACUGUACCCAACCCAAAAGAAAUGAACAGGCCAACUCUGUGACUGAUAAGGAAAUUAGUGAAGAAGUGUUCAUGGUCUGUGAUCAGGCUAAUUCUGUCCUAAGCAACCUAACUGAACUUGAAUGGUUAAUAGAUUCAGGUUGUACCUACCACAUGACUCCUUUUAAAAAUCUGUUUGCUUCUUAUAGUGCUUGUGAUUCUGGUUGUGUGUCCCUAGCUGACAAUAAGAAGUGUAAGGUCCAUGGUGUGGGUGACAUAAGUCUUAAGUUUGAAAAUGGAACUGUUUUCAAAUUAAAAAAUGUUAGACAUGUCCCUGAUCUUAGGCACAACCUGCUUUCUGUUUCUGUUUUUGAAGAAUGUGGUCUUGAGGGUAAAUGGGGAAAUGGGUGUAUGAAGAUUUUGAAAAUCUCCCUUGUUUUGUUUAAGGCUUUGAAACAAAAUAACCUUUAUGUUGUGCAUGCCAAACCUUUUUCUGAAAAUGCUAAUGUUGUAGUCAGUGACAAGUCUGUGCUUUGGCACCAAAGACUGGGUCACAUGAGUAAUAGAGGAUUAAAUAUUUUGAAACAAACUGGAUGUUUUGGUAAUGACUUGGUGUCACCCAUACCUUUCUGUGAGGGUUGUGUCCUAGGUAAACAACAUAGGGUUCAGUUUCCUGUUUCUAGCUAUUCUAGUGAGCCUAAGUCUAAAGCUGUCCUUGACUACAUACAUGCAGAUGUAUGGGGUCCUUCCAGCGUCCCUACCCAUGGGGGUAGGAGGUAUUUUCUGUCCAUAAUUGAUGACUUUUCUAGAAAAGUCUGGGUCUGUUUGUUAGAACAUAAAUCUGAUGUGUAUGUUAGGUUUAAAGAAUGGAAAAUUAUGGUAGAAAAUCAAACUGGAUGUAAGGUUAAAACCCUUAGAAGUUAGAACUGACAAUGGCUUAGAAUUCUGCAAUAAGGAUAUGGAUAGGUUGUGUGUUGAGAGUGGGAUUAGGAGACACAAAACUGUGCCCUAUACUCCCCAACAGAAUGGCUUAGCUGAGAGAAUGAAUAGGACCCUCCUAGACAAGGUUAGGAGUAUGCUUGCCACUUCUGGCCUCCCCAAGAAGUUUUGGGGAGAAGCUGUGAAUACUGCCACCUACCUGAUAAACAGAUCCCCCUCUGUACCUUUAGAAGGUAAGUGUCCUGAGUCUGUCUUCUCUAAGAAACCCCUGGACUUGUCAAACUUAAAAGUGUUUGGGUGUGCUGCCUAUGUACAUCAACAGACUGAUAAGUUGGACCCUAGGUCUAAGAAAUGCAUUUUCUUAGGAUAUCCUGAAGGUGUUAAAGGAUAUAGGAUCUGGGAUAGGAACCAGAGUGGUUUUAAGGUCAUUAUAAGCAGAAAUGUUGUGUUCAAUGAAAGUGAUUUUCCCUGCUUAGUUAAAAAUGUGACUGACCCUCAAACUGUGCAUGAUGGCACCUCUCCUAGUGAGGUGGAGCCUAUCCAGACCACUGCUGCCCCUCUGUUAAAUGAGUCUAUUACUCCUGAUUUGACCAACACUAUGCAUGACACCCACUCCACCUCUAGUGAGGUGGAGCAGCCCAGUGGUAAUGAUGAAACUUUGCAUGAUGUGAUUGUUCAAUCUGAUUUUGCUGAUAAUGAAGAACUUGGAGAGAUCCAAGUUGAGAAUGAAAGUCUAGAUGAUUAUGUGUUAGCCAGAGAUAGGACUAGAAGAAACAUUAAGAGGAUUUCUGAUAGCAUGACUGACUAUGCAUUUCACCUGUAUGAUACUUCAUUAUUUGCUUUCUCUGUUUUUGAAACUCUUGAGUUGAAUGAGCCUAAAACCUACCAGGAAGCCCUUGCCUCUAGAGAAUCUAAAAAUUGGCUAUGUGCUAUGCAAAGUGAGAUAGAUUCUCUUAAGUUGAAUAAAACCUGGACCCUAGUUCCUAGGACUCCUAAUUGUUCUGUUGUUGAGUGCAAAUGGCUUUUCAAAGUUAAAGAAGAACCAAAUGACAUUAGGUUUAAAGCUAGGUUAGUGGCUAAAGGUUUCACUCAAAAGGAAGGGGUAGACUAUGCUGAAAUUUUUGCUCCAGUAGUAAAAUUCACAACAAUUAGGAUGAUGCUUGCCCUAGUUGCCCAUAAUGACUGGGAGAUGAAGCAGAUGGAUGUUACCACUGCCUUCCUGCAUGGUGAACUAGAUAAACAGAUUUUCAUGAGCCAACCUGAGGGUUUCAUUGACCCUAAGUACCCUAGACAUGUCUGUCUACUUAGGAAGGCCCUCUAUGGCCUGAAACAGUCUCCCAGACAAUGGAAUAUCAAGUUUGACCAGUGUAUGUCUUCCCUGAGUUUCAAAAGGUCUGAUUCUGACCCUUGUUUGUAUUUUAAGAAUACUGCCUCUGUACCUGUUUUCUUGUUGAUCUAUGUUGAUGAAAUGCUUAUCAUUAGCCCCUCUGUGAAUGCUAUUAAGAUAGUUCAAAAGUGCCUUUGUGAAAACUUUGCUAUGAAAGAUCUUGGAGAUGCUAAGAGAAUCCUAGGGAUUAAUAUUCUUAGGGAUAGGAGUAGGUGUACCCUUACCCUGAACCAAACCUCCUAUCUUGAAAAGGUCUUGAAAAAAUUCAAAAUUGACUCUGCCCAACCUGUGAAUGUUCCCUUAGCAUCCCAUUUUGUGCUAAGCAAGGAUCAGUCCCCAAGGACUGGUCCUAAGAUAGAUAGGAUGAAGGCUGUACCCUAUUCCAGUGCUAUAGGGUCAGUCAUGUAUCUCAUGGUAAGCACAAGGCCUGAUAUAGCUUAUGCUGUCAGUUGCUUAAGUAGAUAUAUGGCAAACCCUGGUAUGUCUCACUGGACUGCCCUUAAAUGGCUCCUUAGAUACCUUAGGGGUACACCUUCUCAUGGUCUUGUGUUUUCUAAAACUGAAACUGGCAUUUUACUUACUGGCUAUGUUGACUCCAAUUAUGCAAAUGAUAGGGACAAUAGAAAGUCUACUACUUCCUACAUUUUUACUCUUUGUGGUUCCUGCAUAAGUUGGAAAUCUCAACUACAACCUAUUGUUGCACUGUCCACUACUGAAUCUGAAUAUGUGGCAACCACUGAGGCCUUUAAAGAGGCUAUUUGGCUUAAACGAAUGCUAACUGAAAUUGGUUUUCUUAAGCAGGCUGUGACAGUGUACUCUGAUAGCCAGUCUGCUAUCCAAUUCUGCAAGAAUCCUGUAUUCCAUGACAGGACCAAGCACAUUGAUGUCAGGUUUCAUUUUAUUAGAAAUAUUGUGGAUGCAGGUUGGAUAAAGCUGUCCAAGAUACCUUCAGAAUUUAACCCUGCAUAUAUGGGGACUAAAUGUCUCACUUUUGAAAAACUGUUGUCUUGUAAACGUAUUCUUAAUUUAGAUUGUGGCUAGAUAAGAACUGUAAAACAAGAAAAACGGCGAUGAUGAUUCUCCCUUUCACGUUAUGCUCUACACCACCAGGGGGACCAAUAAGGUGGAGAUUGUAGUGGUAUUGGUCCACCUCACUACUGGGCCAUCCCUGAGCUGCCUUUGGUCCACCUCAUUUAAGGAGUUGGUCUCCUAUUUAAUGCCCUGUCCCAAUUGGGUUGUCUACCCGACCAAGCCCAUUCCUACCCUGUUUGUCUUAUACCCAGCCCAUCCCGUGUGGCCCUCUCUUAUAUUGUCUUGGUGUUCUGGAAUCCUCCUAUUCCAGCCUCUCCACCUUCUCUCUAAACGAUGACUCUUCGGUUCAGUUACCCUAGACCUAGAGUGAGAGAGUGCCGGUUUCCUCUGAGCUUUAGCUCCGGCUUUGCUCCGGUGAAACCUUGGGGUUCCUAUUGGGGUCUUCACUCUAGUCUGGUAGUGUGGUGGGUUAUCUUUCCUCCGAUAGGUUUUCUGGGCUGGGGUCUGGGUUCUGAGUGUGAGGGUUAGCUGGCUGCCGCCCUUUCGUCUUCCCUGGUUGUACCCCUGGUGGUGAGUGUGAGCAAGCCUUUGGGCUUUGUGGUGAUUGAGGUCUGAGCCGGUCCGGUUUUCUAACAUUUACGUAAUUUAGCUUACAAUAAAUAGAUUAAACAAUGACUAAAUAAGAGAAUUUGCAAAAUGAAGACUAAUAUGUAAUACCUUUAAGUUUUAUAUAACUCGAGUUUGUUAACUUUUUAUUUAGUUGUUCAAAAAAUUGAUUAUUCUAUUUAAAGUAAGUGAUUUAUAAUGCUAAGUUUUUUUUAUAGAUACGUGAAAGAGUUCUACUAAGUAAUUCAUGUUCUUAUAUUAUUAAAUUUAUGCCCAAGUAAUGCUACAGUUUUGAAAAAUUGUUUUUAUGUUUUUCUUAAAUAAUAAGAAAGUAAUCAUAUGAUAUAUUAUAGAUAUUAUUAUUGAUUAUUGAUGGAGUAUGUGGGACUAGACCCCAGGGCCCACAUACUCGGAAGAACAGAAGGUACCACGACCACCUGGUGGGACCUCCGUCGGCCAGAUGACCCCCAUCGGCCAGAAAGAAGUCUACUCAGAAUGUGAUCCAUAAGGCAAGAAGAGCCGGGUGACCUCGUCGGCCGGGUCUUCGUCGGCCAUGCCCUCGUUGGCCAUAGACCGCAUCCAGAACAAGAUUUACACUUAAUCUUUUCUAUGCACUUUGUAUCCGGCCCAUUAGUGACCCUAUUGUAAAUGGGCCUCCCAAGCCCAAGACUUGGGAGCUCAGUCCUAAUUUUUCCUAUAAAUACUCCCUCUCUAGAUAGCACUUAUAGCACUUGGGAGUAGUUGUAGGGGUUCACAAAAUCAUUAAUAUAGAGCAAUUAUAGCACUUCUCUCUCUAGCUCUUCCUUCUCUCUAGAUAUACAAUCUAUCAUUUGGUGCUUUCAUUGAGCCACCACGACGACAUGGAGCCACCACGAAAUGUGAAGGAGGUACAACGGCUGACGGGACGCCUUGCGACCCUAAACCGUUUCCUCUCAAAAUCGGCUGAAAGGUCUCUCCCUUUCUUUCAGAUCAUGCGCAAGGCAAUCGGCUUCAGGUGGACGACGGAGUGCUAGCAUUUAAGGAACUAAAGCGGUACUUAUCGUCCCAUCCGGUGCUGUCCAAACCCAAAGCCGGUGAAACCCUCUUUUUGUACUUGGGGGUGAGCACGUCGCCCAUCAGCUCCGUGUUCAUCCACGAAGACGAAGGGGUACAGAAGCCAAUUUUCUACGUAAGCAAGACGUUGCGGGAGGCCGAGCUCAGGUACUCCCCCAUUGAGAAGACGGUACCGGCCAUCGUCCAUACAGUGAAAAAGCUAGGGCACUACUUCCAGGCCCAUGCCGUCCACGUCUUAACUCAGCAACCCCUCGGCGCACUCAUGCGGAACCCCACCAGUUCCUCACGAAUGGUGAAAUGG